AGAGAGCCUAAGCCUACCUCCUUUGAGUAAAUUUGAGUAUAGAUCAGGGGUGUCCAAACUCGGUCCUGUAGGGCUACUUUCCUGCAGAGUUUAGCUCCAACUUACCACAACACACCUUCCUGGAAGUUUGUAGUAUGCCUAAAAGCCUUGAUUAGCUGGUUCAGGUAUGUUUAAUUGGGGUUGGAGCUAAACUCUACUGGACAGUUGCCCUCCAGGAGCAGGAUUGUACACCCCUAGUAUAGAUGAACAAAUAUAUUAUGAAGUGAUAAAGAGUGUGUAGAAAUUAUGGGCAAAUUACACUGAAAAAUGGCCAAAAACACUGAAACAUAAGUGCAAAACUGAACCUCAAAUAUGUCUGCUUCUGUUGACUUCUCUUCAUAUCACAUGUGUGCUUUGUUUCAGUGAAGGAUCUGAGGAUUGUUCUCCUGGGGAAGAGUGUGUCAGAAAACAGUGGAGUGGGAAACUUCCUGUUGGGACAAGCAGCGUUUGACAGUGAAGCUCCUCCAGAUGUUGUAGAGAGAGUCGGAGGAAGAUUGAAGGACAAACAUGUGAUGGUCAUCAACAGUCCUCAGCUGCUCCAGACAAACAUCUCAGAUCAUCGGAUCACACAGACAGUGAGAGAGUGUGUGUCUCUGUCUGAUCCAGGACCUCAUGUGAUCGUUCUGGUCCUCAAACAUGAUCAGUGUUCAGCAGAAGAUCAAGAGUGUGUGCAGAAGGUGCUGGACUCUUUCUCUGAGAGGGUUUAUCAACACACCAUGGUGCUCACCACACAAGAGCCCACUGAAACCAAUGACAUCCUACAGAAGAUCAUUCAGAAAUGCUUCAAUAGACACUUCAGUCUUCAGAGAAGAGGCUCUCCUGAUGAUCUUCUACAGAUGUUUGAGGACAUUGUGAAAUUGAAUGAUGGACAACACCUGGAUUGUGCUGAAGCUGAGGCUUCACAGUAUUUCUCAAUGAAACAACAAGGCAUGAAAAAAUUUUCAGAUGAUGUAAAGCUGAAUCUGAUUGUGGGUGGAAGUGAUGGCACAUUAAAAUCCUCCAUAUCAGAGCUGAUCCUGCAGCAGACAGACAGAAGAUCAGAUGUGGAUCUUCAUGAACGUCAGAUCAGUCUGGUGGAGCUUCCAGCUCUGUUCAACGCUCGUCUUUCAGAGGAGGAAGUGAUGCGUCAAACUCUCUGCUGUUUGUCUCUCUGUCAUCCUGGAGUUCAUGUUUUCCUCCUCAUUAUUCCUGAUAAUCCACUGACUAAUGAAGACAAAGCAGAAAUGGAGGCAAUCAAAAGGACCUUCAGCUCUAAAAUCAACAAACACAUGAUGAUCCUCAUAAUGCAGAAUUCAGAGUGUCAGACAGCAGAACUCAAUGAAGAAACACAGUCUGUCAUUGAGAGUUUUGGAGGACGACAUAAUUUCUUUGGUCCCAACACACAAGUGUCCACAUUGAUGAAGAACAUUGAGCAGAUCCUGGAAGAAAACAGAGGAGAGUUUUUCUCCACAGAGACAUUUUUGGAGGCACAGAUGAAAAAACUGCUGCAAUUUGAAGAGAUGAAGAAGAAAAUGAAUUCACUAGAGACACAUUUACUAUCACCAGAUUUAACAGAGAGUGAAGAUGAUCUGAGGAUUGUGCUGCUGGGAAAAACUGGAGUUGGGAAAAGUGCAACCGGAAACACAAUCUUAGGAAAUAAUGCAUUUACUGCUGAAACAUCUCAUAAGUCAGUUACUAAAGAGAGUCAGAGAGAAUCAUCUGAAAUCAAUGGUCGACACGUUACUGUGAUCGACACUCCAGGAGUGUUUGAUACUGAACUGAGUAAUCAGGAGAUCCAGAGAGAAAUCAGCCACUGCAUCUCCAUGAUCCUGCCUGGACCACAUGUGUUCAUCAUUGUGCUCAAUUUAGGACAACGAUUCACUCCAGAAGAAGCAACAUCAGUCAAGAUCAUCCAAGAGACAUUUGGUGAGAAAUCUCUAAAGUACACUAUGGUGCUCUUCACCAGAGGAGAUGAUCUGAAGGAUAAAACCAUUGAACAGUUUCUGGGAGAACCUGGAUCUCCUUUGAUGAAGCUGAUUGAAGCGUGUGGAAACAGAUUCCAUGUCUUCAAUAAUAACCAGACUGGAGACCGAACACAGGUGUCUGAUCUACUGGAGAAGAUAGACUACAUGGUGGAAGCAAACGGAGGGAGUUUCUACUCUUGUAAGAUGUUCAGAGAGAUGGAAAGAGAAAAACAAGAACAGCAGAUGAAGAUCCUGAUGGACAGAGUCAGAGAAAAGGAAGAGGAGAUGAAGAAACUAGAAGAAGAGAAAGUGAGAAUGAAGAUGAUGAUGGACAAAGAACGACAGAAUCAUGACAAAGAGAGAAAAAGAAGAGAAGAUGAAUUUAAAAGAGAAAUAAGAGAACAAGAGAAACAUCAGAGAGAGAUACGAGAUGAGAUGAGACGAGAACGAGAGACAUUUAAACAUGAAAUAGAGGAAAUGAGGGAAGAAAAAGAGAAAAUACAAUUAGAAAGAGAAAAACUUCAAAUGAAAUAUGACACAGAAAUAGACAGACUGAUGAACAAAAUAGAGAAUGAAAGACAGAAUCAUGAAAAAGAGAGAAAGAAAAUAGAAAAAGAAUAUAUAGAAAGAGAAGAACAUUUUAAAACACAAAUAAAAGAGAAAGAAGAGAAAGAAAAAGAAAUCCAUGAGGAGAUGAAGAGAGAACGUGAAGAAUGGGAGAAACUGAAACUACAGGAAAAGACAAGAAGAGAGGAAGAGGAUGAGAAAAGAAGAGAAAAAGAACAGAGAGUUUGUAAUGAAUUUAAUCAGAGACUGAAACAAGAGAGAGAGAGAAUGGAAAGAGAGAAAGAAGAUCUUCAAUCUAAACAUGAAGCAGAAGAAAACAAGAUGAAGAUGAUGAUGGAGAAACUGAACAGAGAAAGAGAAGAACUGAUGAAGAAACACGAAGAAGAGAAAGUGAAAAUGAUGAUGAUGAUGCUGGAGGAAGAGCAACAGAAUCAUGACAAAGAGAGAAAGAGGAGAGAAGAAGAAUUUAGAGAGAGAGAAGAAAGACAAAAGAGAGAAAUGAAAGACAAAGAGGAGCAAGAGAGAGAGAUGAUGGAGAAUGCAAAAAGAGAACAAGAGAUGUUUAAAAAUGAAAUGGAGACAAUUAGGCAAGAAAAAGAAAAUGUGGAGAAAGAAAAAGAAACCCUUGAAACUGAAUACAUCACAGAAAUAGAGAGACUAAUGAAGAGAAUAGAGGAUGAAAGACAGAAUAAUGAUACAGAGAGAAAGAGAAGAGAAGAAGAGUUUAAUGAAAGGGAAGGACAAUAUAAAACACAAAAAAUGAAACACAAAGAGGAGAGAGAUGAACAGAUGCAGAAAAUUAAGAGAGAACAAGAGGAAUGGGAGAAACAGAAACUAGAGGAUAAGAUCAGAAAAGAAGAGGAUGAGAAAAAGAGAGAGAGAGAAAAGCAGAUUUCUGAUGAACAGAUUCUGAGACUGAAGAGUGAAAUGGAUGGAAUAAUCAGAGAGAAAGAGAGAAUAGAAAGAGAAGGACGAGGAAAACUAGAGGAUUUAGAAAAGAGACUAAAAGAAGAAAUAAACAUGAGAGAAGAUCAAUUAAAGACUUUUGAAGUAGCAGUGAAACUUCAUGAAGAAAAUCAUGAAGAUGAGCUAAUGAGAAUACAAGUGGAGUGGAUAGAGGAAUAUGAAAGAGAGAAAGAGGAGAUGAAGAAGAUCUGCUCUGAUUCAAUACAGAAAGUCACAGCCUACAGGAAACUGGAGACUGAAUACAACAAGUGGUCCUGGAGUCUUCACAGUGCCAUGAUGGAAACUGAGAACAAACUACAAAAUAAAGUAGAUAAUAAAGUAAUUCAUGAGAUUGAGGAAACUGAUCUUCAAAGAGAACUGAAGAAGACAAGUGAAGAAAUGGAAAAAUCAAUGUCAGAAUUCUUUGAGAAAGACAAAGAUAUACUGAUUCAGUGGAAAACAUCAUUUGAAAUCAAAAUCAAAGAGCUUCAGGAAAACAUUGUGAGAGAAACAAAAAUUAAAUUAAAUGAGAUUAUUCAGCAGCGAGACCUGAAGAAAAAGAUUGAUGCUCAGAGGACAUAUAAUGAAAACACUCUCUAUGAAAAGAGCAAAGAGCUUGCCUUAAAACUCAAAGACAAAACAAAUAAUGAAACACUGAAGAAAGAAUUUGAUUUGUUUUGGGAACAGAGUGUGAAAAAGAUAAUAAAAGAUGCUCUAGCAAUCAGAGAUAUUGACAUAAUGAGAGAUGUGAAAGAGAUCCUCAGUGACAUCUAUGAAGGAUAUCUCCCUGUAAACAACCUGAAGGUGAACAGGGAUAUUUUCUCUCUGUCAAGUUAUUCAUAUUAUGUACAGGACAAGAAAAAGAUUGUAUUUAAAGAUUCCUUCAGAUCAACAAAAGAGAAACUUAGGUUACAUUCUAUCUAAAGAGGAAGAAGCUCAAAUA